GUCUGUGAAAGUCUGAAGCGAGAAAGAAUAACGCGACAGGGCGCCCUUCUGCGUCUCCAUUUUUCAGUUUAGACUUUUAGGGGUCUCUGCGAUACUGCUCAUUCACAAUCCAAUUCGAAGAGACCCUUUUCGCCUUUCGUAUCAGCGACUUCAAUUUCAGAGUUAAUUUCAUGAAAAUGGAUGGAUCGGUUGGCCGUGGGGGCAGCAGUGCGGAUGUUUAUUUACCCAAUUACAAGCUUGGAAAAACUCUUGGUAUUGGUUCUUUUGGAAAGGUCAAGAUUGCAGAGCAUGCAUUAACUGGCCAUAAAGUUGCCAUCAAGAUCCUCAACCGGCGCAAGAUAAAGAACAUGGAAAUGGAAGAGAAAGUGAGAAGAGAGAUCAAAAUACUGAGACUGUUUAUGCAUCCUCACAUUAUACGACUCUAUGAGGUCAUUGAAACACCAUCAGACAUUUAUGUUGUGAUGGAGUAUGUGAAGUCCGGGGAGCUCUUUGAUUAUAUAGUAGAGAAGGGUAGGCUGCAGGAAGAUGAAGCUCGUAACUUUUUUCAGCAGAUAAUCUCGGGCGUAGAGUAUUGUCACAGAAACAUGGUUGUUCAUAGAGAUCUAAAGCCCGAGAAUUUGCUCUUGGAUUCCAAAUGCAAUGUGAAGAUUGCUGAUUUUGGUUUGAGCAACAUAAUGCGUGAUGGCCAUUUUCUCAAGACAAGUUGUGGCAGCCCAAACUAUGCUGCUCCAGAGGUCAUUUCUGGCAAACUGUACGCUGGGCCUGAAGUGGAUGUGUGGAGUUGCGGAGUCAUACUAUAUGCUCUUCUUUGUGGCACCCUUCCAUUUGAUGAUGAAAACAUUCCCAACUUGUUUAAGAAAAUAAAGGGUGGGAUAUACACUCUUCCUAGUCAUUUGUCACCUGGUGCAAGAGACUUGAUACCAAGGAUGCUUGUAGUUGAUCCAAUGAAAAGAAUGACCAUCCCUGAGAUUCGUCAGCAUGCGUGGUUCCAGGCUCAUCUUCCUCGUUAUUUAGCUGUUCCUCCACCAGACACAAUGCAACAAGCAAAAAAGAUUGAUGAGGAAAUUCUUCAGGAGGUGGUUAAGAUGGGAUUUGACAGGAACCUUUUAGUUGAAUCCCUUCGUGGCAGAGUACAAAAUGAGGGAACUGUUGCAUACUAUUUGUUAUUGGACAACCGUUUCCGUGUAUCCAGUCGGGCACCAAUUGGAUUUAAGUUUUUUUUUUUCUCCUUUUCUUUCAAAUUCGUUUUUUGGGUCCAGGAAUGUGGUUUCAACCGUAUGCAUCAAAGCGAGGCUGCUGCUUCACCUGUUGGGCACCGCCUUCCAGGAUAUAUGGAAUAUCAAGGAAUGGGUUUCAGACCACAGUUCCCUGUUGAAAGGAAAUGGGCUCUUGGGCUUCAGUCUCGAGCGCAUCCUCGUGAAAUAAUGACAGAAGUCCUUAAAGCUUUACAAGAAUUGCGGGUUUGUUGGAAGAAGAUAGGGCACUACAACAUGAAGUGUAGGUGGGUUCCUGGAACUCCUGGUCAUCAUGAAGGCAUGGUUGACAAUUCAUUGCACAGUAACCAUUAUUUUGGCGAUGAAUCCAGCAUCAUUGAAAAUGACGGUGUCAUGAAGACGACAAAUGUGGUCAAGUUUGAAGUGCAGCUCUUCAAAACUCGGGAGGAGAAGUAUCUGCUUGAUCUUCAGAGGGUUCAGGGCCCCCAGUUUCUCUUCUUGGAUCUUUGUGCUGCUUUCCUUGCACAACUUCGUGUCCUUUAAAGCUAGAGCGCCAAGUCUCCCCAACAAAGUCCUUUGUGAAUCUGUCGUGAUGCUUGUGAAAAAAAAAUGAAAAAAAUAACUUGUACCGUGUAUAUAUUAAUCUGUCUUUGGGCCACUUUUUACUAUUUCUCAUCUUAUCCCCAGUUUUAUAUGGGUUUGUAGCUCUUCUUGUAUUGAGCCAGUAUUCCACACUGGCAUUGGCCACGGUCAUUUCUAGUUUUGGUUUUGAAGUGGUCUGUUCUGUCCUGGAUUUUGCACGUUAAACCAACACGCAAAUCUGUGUGAAAGAACUAACCUCUCUUUGGAGCAUGCCCUAUCUAAUGCAAAUUUUCCUUUUCAUAUUUA